AUGUUAUACCAAGUCGCUGAAUCUCCAGUUUUAAGUUUAUUCUCAUUGAAAGGUCAAGUCAGUUUAGUUACUGGAGGAUCAAGAGGUAUUGGUCUUGCCGCUGCUAUAGGUCUUGCUGAAGCCGGAUCUGAUGUCGCUAUCACUUAUAACUCAUCAAGUGAUGAACAUAUGAAAGAAAUCAUUGCUAAAUUUGAAAGUUUAGGUAUCAAGUUCAAAGCUUAUAAAUGUAAUGUUGUUAACAAAAAAGAUAUCACUGAAUGCGUUGAACAAGUAGUCAAAGAUUUCGGUAGAUUAGAUGUUGUCGUUCCAAAUGCUGGUAUUGCAGUCCAUGAACCAGCUGAAGAUUUCACUGAAGAUGACUAUAGAAAGACUAUGUCUGUUAACUUAGAUGGGGCUUAUUACACUGCUCAAGCUGCUGCUAACGCUUUCAAAAAACAAAAACAACAAGGAACUUUGAUCCAAGGAAAGAUUGUUUUCACUGCUUCUGUCUCAUCAGCUAUUGUUAACUUCCCUCAAAAACAAGCUCCUUACAAUGCUUCCAAAGCUGGUUUGGUAAGAUUAUGUAAAUGUUUGGCUGUUGAAUGGGUUGACUUCGCCAGAGUCAAUGCUAUUUCUCCAGGUUUCAUUGCAACUGAUAUGCUUGAUGUUCAUCCUAAAGAAAACAGAGAUUUCUGGAUGAGUGUUAUCCCAGGUAAACGUCAUUGUCAAACUCAUGAAUUAAAAGGUGCCUAUGUCUUCUUAGCUUCAGACGCUUCAUCUUAUGUUGUUGGAGAAGAAUUAAUCAUCGGUGGUGGUUAUUCACUUAUCUAG